AUGCUUCUUUUUUUUUGUUUUAGUUUCGGUCGCAUUGGCCGUAUCGUCUUGCGUGCAUCUCUCUUGAACGCAAAAGUAAAUGUGGUGGCUAUCAACGAUCCUUUCAUCGACUUGGAUUACAUGGUAUAUAUGUUUAAAUACGAUUCUACCCAUGGUCGAUUCAAGGGAACAGUGGAAAAGAGAGACGGAAAACUGGUGGUCAACGGUCAAGAAAUUGCCGUUUACGCUGAACGCGAUCCUGCUGCCAUCCCUUGGGGUGAAAACAAGGUCGAUUAUGUGAUUGAAUCCACCGGUGUGUUCACGACCAUCGACAAGGCCGGCGCUCAUUUGAAAGGCGGUGCCAAGAAAGUCAUUAUUUCCGCUCCUUCCGCCGAUGCGCCUAUGUUUGUGUGCGGCGUGAAUCACGAAACAUAUAAACCUGAUAUGACAGUGAUUUCAAACGCGUCUUGUACCACCAACUGUUUGGCCCCGCUCGCCAAGGUCAUCCAUGACGAAUUUGGUAUCGUUGAAGGUCUUAUGACAACCGUCCACGCAACCACCGCCACCCAGAAAACCGUCGAUGGACCCUCGGGUAAAGACUGGCGUGCCGGUCGUGGCGCAGGCGCCAAUAUCAUUCCUGCCUCGACAGGUGCUGCCAAAGCGGUCGGAAAAGUCAUUCCAGAACUCAAUGGUAAAUUGACCGGUAUGUCGUUCCGUGUUCCUAAUCCGGACGUUUCAGUGGUCGAUCUUACGGUUCGAUUGGAAAAGAGCGCAUCCUAUGACGAAAUCAAGGCAGCUAUCAAGAAAGCGUCCCAAGGAAAGCUUGCGGGCAUUCUAGGCUAUACGGAAGAUGAAGUCGUGUCCACCGAUUUCCUCGGUGAUUCGCACUCCAGUAUCUUUGAUGCCCAAGCUGGUAUUUCCUUGAAUCCCAACUUUGUAAAGUUGAUCUCAUGGUAUGACAACGAGUAUGGUUAUUCCACACGAGUGGUGGAUUUGCUGGAGUAUAUUGCAGGCGUUGAUCGUGCCAGCCAAUAG